UCUGCCUUCUAUCUACCAAUAAUUAAUACUAAUGCUCCUAUUAUGCUCUCUGUACACUAUUUUAGCUUCAAAACAGGGCCAUAAAAAUGAACAGGAAAGUGAUGAUGAACAGGAAAGUAGUGAUGAGGAUAAACCAAAGACAAAAGGUAAAAGUCCAUCAAACUUGCCUGACGAUGGUGAAAUAUAUAAACCUGAUAGUACGAAGAAUUUUAAGGAAAUUGAACGUUUUGUUAAGGAUGUCAAAAUUCUACUUGCGCCUGCCACUGAAGGAGAAGAACAAGCAGUCUUGCGUUACUUAAAACCGAUAAAUGGUGACAAAUACUUUAGAAUAAGUAUUUAUGGUCACAAGGUUUCAGAUAUAUAUAUUGGAAAGUAUGGAAAAUAUCCAGUCGUUGUUGUGAAAACUGCACCAUCGCAGCAUAAUCAGGGCCCAGUUCAUGCUGCUAUUGUCAUCACAAAAAUGUUGGAAAUAUUUACGGAGAUUAAGUAUAUUGUGGGUGUUGGUGUCUGUUAUGGGAUGAACAAAGGCAAACAAAAAUUAGGAGAAGUUAUUAUCUCAACCAUUCUCUGUGAUUUCACAAAUAUGCGGGAAGGGCUAGAAAGAUAUCAACGAAGUGCUCAACCUAGUGUAGGCCUUGCUAUCAAAAAUAUUUUUGAACUAACUGAAGAAAUUAGAGAAAAACUGCAACCUAAAAGUAUCAUUGUCAACGAUGGUAUAUACAUAUGUACACCAUCUCUUAUUGAUAAUGAUCAAAUCAAAGAAGAAUACAAGAAUAUCAGGAUUGAUGCUAAAGCAGGAGAAAUGGAAGGUGCUGGUUUAGUGGCUGCCACUGAAUAUACAACCAAGACAGUUGAGGCCAUUGUCAUCAAGGGUAUCGGUGACUGGGGUGAUGAUGACAAAGACGCCACUAAAACAUGGAAGCCAUUUGCAGCCCAUGCUGCUGCUUAUUACAUAAAAACUGUGCUAGAAACAAAGACAAUCAGUUUUGAUUAGAGUAACAUUUUUAGGCUUAUUGUUUUGUUGGAUUUUCUAAUUAACAUACUAAAAUUGGAGUGAUUUUUGUGUAAAUUUAAUUAAUUAAAUUAUAAUUUUGCACGUAA